AUGUCGUCUUCGAAGACCAAGACGAAACAUGAAGAAGCUCUUCAACUGCUUGAUGACCUCGAUUCAUUCACUCCGAUAGAAAGCGCUGCUUCUUCUGGUUCAGCUACUGCACCAGCUCCCGAAAGCGAAACUGAAGUUCUGGCUUUCCUCGACGAGAUAACGCAGAAAAGCUCUGAACCAACACGACCUACAACUGCCCACCUCGAAAGACCGGCCUCAAGGACUGGAGCUCCAUCUUUAAGGAAGAGCACAGAACGUGUUAGGCUGGGAGGUUCGUCAUUGUCUACUGGCACAUCCACCCCUUCUAGGGCCGGCACACCUCCGACGAACUCUAGAACGAUAGGAAGCUCUGAACCGGCAUCGGACCCGGCUCCUGCAACUGGAGGUGGAGGUAGCUGGGGGUGGGGCUCUGUUUGGACUACAGCUUCAGCUGCUCUACAACAAGCACGGUCGGUCGUCGAUGAACAAGUAAAGAACUUGCCAAGUAACGAACAGGCAAAGAAAUGGAGUGAAGGGGUUAAAGAGUACGCCAAGACACAUCAGUUAGACAAGCUUGGACAGGAUUUCAAGCGCGUCGGUCUUUCAACGCUGACCGAUAUCCUCAAUGUCGUCGCUCCUCCGAUUUCUGAGCACGAAGUCAUUCAAAUUUGGCUCAGCCACGACAUGAGUGGCUACGAUGGUAUAGAGAAUAUCGUUUAUCGUGCUAUGACCAGAGUUCUGGAGCAAGUCGAAGGCGGUGAUCUAAUCGUGAAUCGGGGUGAAGAAUCCCGGCCCAAAGACGAUGCAGGAAAUGCCGCGAGAGAACUCAACACCGUCGAAGGCUAUGAGGCCGCUGUGAAGCUUUCACAGGCUAAUCUGGACGAGCUCAUCAAGAUCAAAGAUUCUGCAUUGAAGGCCAAGAAGGAGACAUUAUCAUCAAUUCAAUCGCCCACCUCGUAUUCUUACGUGUACCUCCGUGUACAGCCGUAUCUCACCUCAUACAGCGUCCCGUCUACAAGCGCGUUGGCUUCUACGGACGGAUCUGCACCUGCAGAGCAAUCCAAGCAGCAACAUCUUCAGUUUCUACUUUACCUUUCUGAUCCCGACCACAAUCUGAUCCACUCCACAAUCACGCAGUCUGUCCCAGGAGCCUGGCUUGGGAUUUGGGAUGAUUAUGAGUGGGUCGAGGAUUUAGUUGCGGAAGUCCUGCGGGUUGGAGUGGAAGUCAUCGGUCAGGAAUAUCUUGUUUCCCGAAUGGGAUGGGGUGGAUUGAAUGUGAAGGAGAAGCUUGGAGAUAAUGAGGGGGAGUCGGAAGGGACUGUCGAGAAGGAGGAUUCGUGA